UGUAAAAUAAUUGGUCAUAUAGAUUUCGGUAGAGUACAAAAUACUUGCAGUAGUUGUUGAGAAUUCAUAGCUCGGCAGUCCGGUCCAGUUCGUGAUAGUUCGCUCCGAUUCGCCGGGGCGUUUAAUCUUGGUUUCAACAUCCACAAAAUAAUCCACCACUUACCACUACCUAGUGCUAGUGCAUAUAUAUCCAUCAGUACUGAGUACAGUAGCUGUGAUAUCGAUAUUACGAUUCCUCGUAGAGGCGUCUCAGUUUGUUCAGUUCCUGACGAAAGAGCAGUCCCAGUCUCCCUUAAACCGUUGCCGCGUUCGUCGGACAGUAACUUCCGUGAUUCGAUACUCUGUUCGUGGCACGUCGCGUCGUUGGACCUUUUUUUGUUCGUCCCUCUCCUCCAACCAUCACCAUCACCACUACCUUCGCCACCACCUGCUCCUAGCUUCACUCACCACGUCUCUUCCCAGCACAUAAUCGUUGUCUUUUACCCGGAUAAAUAUUCUCCAGGUGUCCAGUCCACUUAUAAAAAUCUAUCUAAUCCCAAUAAAAAUAUAUAUUAAAAAAAAAAAAACAUCUAUACUAAUCCAAAGAAAGGUGCGAGUGUAUCAUCCAUAUAAUAUAUAUAUAUAUAUACAUAUAUAUCUACUUAAACUCCGGUUACACGAGAGACAGGAUGGCGUUCAAUGGGGACGGACCCCACUCGAAGAGGCAGCGACUUGAGGAGUCCGGUCACAGGAAUCACGAAUACAGUGGAUACGGAGACGAGCCACGUCGCAAAAGAGAGGACAAUAAUAAACCAAACCACGUCUUAUUGUUUACUAUAAUCAACCCAGUUUAUCCAAUAACAGUGGAAGUACUGCACACAAUCAGUGCACCCAGCGGACAGGUACAACGUAUUGUUAUCUUCAAGAAAAAUGGAGUCCAGGCUAUGGUUGAGUUUGACUCGGUGGAGUCAGCAACGCGGGCAAAAGAAGCCCUCCACGGUUGCGACAUUUACUCGGGUUGCUGCACACUGAAGAUUGACUUUGCCAAGCCGACGAAGCUUAAUGUAUACAAAAACGACGCAGAAAGCUGGGACUACACGACACCAGCAUUGGGUGCAGGGGCCCACCAAAAAGAACCAAACACCAACGGACGACCGGCGCCGCUUCUUGCUGAACCGAGAUAUGGAGCAGCCCCACAGCCAUAUGGCUCGACGCCACAAGUGGCCUUUCCACCCGGGCACGAUCGCUACGAAGAAAGCUUCAAUGGUCCCGCUACCUACGCGGAGCCUUACGAGAGGUAUGGGUUAAAGGGCGACUUUAGCGGGCGAGAGCCUCUUCAUCCGUCUCCAGCUAGACCUGGUUAUGUUCCAAGUCUCGGACAAACGCCGCCGACAAGUACUCAAGGCUCGGUUAUGAUGGUUUACGGUCUACAAGCUGACAAAGUCAACACUGACAAACUCUUCAACCUUUUCUGCCUCUACGGCAAUGUCACCAAGGUUAAAUUUUUAAAGACAAAAGAAGGAUGUGCCAUGAUUCAAAUGGGAGAUAGUAUCGCCGUGGAGCGGUGUCUCCAGAAUUUGAAUAACGUAACGAUCGGGACUGAAGGUAAACUUCAGCUCGGGUUUUCAAAACAAGCCUUUCUCGCAGACGUAACCAACCCUUACGUGCUACCGGACAAGACCGCAAGUUUCAAAGACUUUACCGGGAGCAAAAAUAACAGAUUCUUAAACCCAGCUAUGGCUAACAAAAAUAGAAUACAACCACCGUCAAAAAUAGUCCACUUUUUCAACACACCGCCAGAUCUAACUGAGGAGACAGUUAAUAAAGUAUUUGUCGAGCGUGGAAUAGAGACACCCUUAACCAUAAAACUGUUUCCACUCAAGUCAGAGCGCUCUUCCUCGGGGCUUAUUGAAUUCAGCAGUGUAGGAGUUGCCGUAGCUGCGAUAAUGGAGUGUAACCACACAGCACUGGAGAAUAGCAAUGGCAAGUUUCCAUACAUAAUGAAGUUGUGCUUCUCAUCAUCACGUACGAUACCGGCAAACUUUCCGCCAGCCGGUGCCAGCGCAAAUGCAUCCAGCGAUUCACCCGGUAACGGUCACGCUAAAAUGCAACAAGACUCUGAAUAGAACGUCGAACCCCAGGGCCAGCGCGAGCAUCCUUUUAUCAGCAUCCGUCAUCAUCAGCAGCAGCUUCAUCAUCAUCAUCAUCAUCAUCAACAACACCAUCUUCUACAUCAACAGUAUCAGCAUCAAUCACCGCAGCAGAAGCACCAUCAGCAGCAUCAUCAACAGCAGCAGCAGCAGCAGUAUCAUCCGCAUACUCAUUUUCGGCAUCAUCGUCUCUCACAAGGUCAGACACAGGGUCAAUAUGGCCUGCAUGAGUUAUGUGUCACGGUAGGAACGGGCGUGCAUCCCCCGACAGCCAUAGCUUUAUCUCCCGUUUUACCUCCGCCACUUCCUCCUUCCUGUCACCUUCUUAUCACGACACCGAGUAUCUAUUCAGGCGUACAGCGGGUGUCUCAUCAGGCUCCCCCGCCGCCUCCUCCUCCUCCUCCACCUCCGCCGCCUACUCCCGGUGCGCCGCCACUUCCGACCCCUGCGGCAUUACCACCUCAACCGUCGCUUCCUCCAUUAUCGUCACAGCCGCUGGCCGCUUUCUGGCCCUACGGAUAAGAGUAUCUAAGUUUAUAUACUUUCUGCUGUCAAACAGAAAGAUUUAAUAUUUAAAAAAAAGGAAAAAAUUAAUAGUAAUAGUUGUAAUAAAAAUAAAAUACGGUAAAAAUUGCAUAUAAACAAGUGUAAAAGCUAAAAAAUAAUACUGAUAAAAGAUACUAAAGUAAAGAGUAAGAAUAAGAAAGUUUAGAUGAAGAAAAAAAAUAUAUAAAUAUACAAGGCUGGACCAACUAUAUCCAGACGUAGACAUGCCUAGAGGUCCCUCGUCCCGUUUUUUGAUUAAUUAAUAGUACUGCCGUGGUUCUGGUUAGUUUUUUAUAAAUCAUCGAUUUUUAUUAUUGAACGGAAAGACAUCACAAUUAUUACAAUAUAACGUGUGAUAGAUUAUAAUGGAUUGCCACUAAAUUUUAGAAUUGCUUUUUUUUUUGUCUCAGAUACAUAUCAAAUCACGUGGCAAUUACGUUUGCUGAUUAGACGAUUUUUUGUCGUUUAUAAUAAAUAAAUAUUUAUAAAUAAAUAAAUAAAUAAUGUAAUAAUUAUUAUGAUAUAUAAUAUUAACAACGAAUGUAUGACUUUUCUUACGUUCGAGCUAUAUAUUCUACAAAGUGUCAUUAUUCUAUUGUUUGCUUUUAAUAAAAGAUAAACACCUGAACCACGUGCUAUUAAAUAUAUUACUGCCGUGUUUAUAAUCAUUUAAAUUACCGUCCAGGAUUACUUUGACAGGGAAAAUAAAUAUAUUACAAUAAUAAUAAAUUAUAUUAAUAAAAAAGUAAGUAAUAGUAAUGGUAUAUUGUCAAGUAAUGUUGGAUUGGUGUAUUUAAUUGGUUAAACUGGAUUUAGAACGAUGAUUACGCGACUUUACGCGAUGUAUUUUUGGAGCCACCUCUAGUCCCCGAUACUGCGCACCAUUUCCGACGAUAAUUGCCGCUGCUCAUUUAUUUACCGCGUCUAGUACCGAUAGAUUGAUUAAUUAAUUCGGAAGGUUUAUUGUAAAUUACAAAUUGAACAUUUUUUUUACUUUUAUUUUCAAAUAUUGAAGUAUUUAGGAAGCUUAGUGAGCGGCAAUAAAUCGUCGUGACUCUUUUAUGAAUUUUAAACAAAAAAAUAAAUAUAUAUACACAUAAAUAUAUCUUCUUGACUGCUAUAUUUAAGAACAAUAAAUUUUAUCUUAUCACUUUCCGCUCACACUUGCGGUGGGCUGUAGUGUUCAGAUUUCCUAAAAACUUUGAAAUAAAUAAAUAAAUAUUGAAGAAAUGAAAAUAAAAAAAAAA